AUGACAGCAGCAUCAAAAAUCAAUAAUAUAUCGUGUCAACAGAUACAUCCUUGGAGUACAAGUUGUACACAGAGUGCAGGAUCUAUUUGGAUAAAGGUGUUUAUAGCAGGUCUAAAGUUAUAUGGACCAUUGUUUUUAGUACCAACAUUGUUAUUCAAGAGAAAAGGAACAUUACCAGAGAUUAUUAGAUCAUCAACAUUUUUGGGUACCUAUGCAGGUGUCUUUUCAGGAAGUAUUUGUUUGUUUAGAAGCCUAACAACAAAGGAUUAUAAAUCAAUUGCUGCUUUAUCUGGUUUCUUUGCAGGUCUAUUUUCAAUUUUAAUCGAGAGAAAGAAUAGAAGAUCUGAAUUAUCUUUAUAUUGUUUUAAUCAAACUAUGGAGAUUAUGUGGAAGAUGGCUGCCAAUAGAGGAUUUGCAUUCUACAUUAAGCAUGGUGAGGUAUUGGUAUUUAUGAUUGCUAGUAGCAUCUUGUUUUACUUUUACCAACAAGAACCAGAAAGUUUAAGAAGUAACAUGAAUGGUUUAUUAAAAUUCUUUAUCAAUUCUGCUUAA